ACCUAUUGGAGUUCCUCACAGUGUAGAGAGGAUAUCCAAGACGAGAUCUUGAGAGAGAGAGAGAGAGAGAGAGAGAGAGAUGGGAAGGGCUCCUUGUUGUGACAAGGCAAAUGUGAAGAAGGGGCCAUGGUCACCAGAAGAAGACUCGAAGCUUAAAGAGUACAUAGAGAAAUAUGGGACUGGUGGCAAUUGGAUUGCUCUACCUCAAAAAGCUGGGCUUAAGAGAUGUGGCAAGAGUUGUAGACUGAGAUGGCUAAACUAUCUGAGACCCAAUCUUAAACAUGGUGAAUUCUCUGAUGAGGAGGAUAGGGUAAUCUGCAGCCUAUUUGCAAGCAUUGGAAGCAGAUGGUCAAUAAUAGCUGCUCAGCUACCAGGAAGGACAGACAAUGAUAUUAAGAAUUACUGGAACACCAAGCUCAAGAAGAAACUCAUGGCCAUGGCUCCUCAAUCUCAAAGAAAACCCCCAACAUUCCAAUCUCCUCAUCAAACUCCACCAUUGCCAUCUCAUUCACUGCCAUCCAUGUAUAAGGACUCUGGUGGUUCUUUCUCUUAUUACUCCCAAAACAGAUCUUUCUCUGGCUUUGAGCCCAUUUCUCAAAUUCCGUCUAGUCUUUUAAGCACCAACAGUGUUUCUCUAGCCACGAACUCUUUACUUUUCCAAACCGCCCAAGAGGGCUUGUUCAGUCCCAUGCAAUACUAUCAUCCAGUGAAAGAUAAUUACAUGUUGUUUGGUAGUGAAGCAAGUUGCAGUUCUAAUUCUGAUGGGAGUUGCAGCCUGAUAAGCUAUGGAAGAGAGAUCAAACAAGAAGACAUGGGAUUUCACAGCUUGAUGUCGUCAAAUGGGUAUGGAGAUCAGAACCAGAAGGUCAUGCUUGGUAAUGGUAACAAUGGAGUUGAAAUUUUGAACCAAUGGGUAGAGAAGCCAAAUGGGAAUAUUGGAGAAACCCCAUCAGACUAUGAUUUCAUUGAGGACGUUAAGCAACAGGUUAGCAGUAGCGGUAAUCAUAACGAUGUUAAUGGGAGUAAUAACAAUAACAAUGACAACCUGCUCAUUGAUGAAAACAAGACGCCGGAGACGGUCAUGUACCACUACUACUACUGAAUGAAAUGAUAUAUAUGGACUGACUGUAAGUAAAAUCAAGAAAGAUUUGACGGGGUAAGGUGGAGAGAUUUCAGACAAGACUUCGAAUUCCUGGGGGAUUGUGUUGUUUUAUCUGAUGAAAUAUAUGAAACAUUUCUUCUUUUGACAGUA